AUGAUGUUAUCUAAAGAUGGUAUUGAAGACGUCAUGAAGCAAGGCUGGGAAGGAAAUGGUGGGAAUAUUCCAGCCUCUUUGUUAGACCGUAUAACUAACUACAGGCGGGCUCUAUCUAAAUGGAAGAUAAACUCGGAUCAAAACUAUCGUCUUAAAAUUACGAGACUUUAUCAGAAGCUGGAAUCUGAAAUAUGCAAAGUUCAUCCUAAUUACAGAAGGAUACAGAGCUUAAAGCAUGAAUUGGCAUCAGCUCACAAAGAUGAGGAGUUUUUCUGGCGCCAGAAGAGCCAUGAACAAUGGCUGAGAGCAGGAGAUAAAAACACCAAUUAUUUCCACAAUUGUGUUAAAGGGAAGAAAAUUCAGAACCGUAUUCUCAUGCUCAAGGAUGAAUCAGGUCAUGAGCAUUUUUCGGAAGGAGCCAAAGGGAAUAUAGCCUCUGAUUAUUUUCAGGAUCUCUUUAUGAGCUCAAAUCCUUUUGACCUCUUUUCAAGGGCUUCUCAAGCCGUAUUACCCCUGCUAUGA